AUGGGUACAGGACAAUAUAUCGACGAAUGCCGUGAAAACAAUGGAGGAUGUGAACAGAUUUGCGAAAAUGCUGCUGGAAGUUACAGAUGUCUGUGCGAACAAGGGUAUCAGAUAAGUUCAAAUGGGCACCAUUGCCAGGAAUUGAAUUCUGUGCGUCCAUCUCUACAAAAUGAAAUUGCUGAAAUUAGGCAAAUUUUGUCUGAGAGAAAUGAUCAAAUGCGAUCUCUCCAAAACCAAGUUUUAGCCUUGACUGCAGCACUCGAGUUAAAUACAGAUUUCCAAAAACUGCCAUUGAAAAAUUCAGAUGAGGCAGAGCCUGAAGAUGCAUCUCUUGCAUUUAAUUCAUUUGUACAAGUCUUGAAUGAAAACACUGGAGAACGAGAAUUUUGCAAAUGCAAACGUGGACCUAUUGGGCCACCAGGUGCUACAGGUUCUAUGGGAGCACCAGGAAUGCCUGGUCCACCAGGACCACCUGGACCAGUCGGUCAACGUGACUCUCUUGAUUUUGUCCUACUGGCACUAGCAGAUGCUCGACACGAUUUGGUGGCUUUACAAAAGCGAGUUUUUGCUGGAGAACGAAUUCCAAGAUUCGACGUAAGAUUGGCCCUCAGACGACAACGCAUGAAAGAAAAACAAAAGAUUAGGCAAAAUAGAAAUUUCCAAUCAGGUGUAGGUGAUGCAAAUAGUGCAGCAUUCAAUGAUGAUGAACAAUUUUUUGUGAAAGAUACAAAACAUCUGCAAUUGGAGGAUGUUUCCAAUGAAUCGAUUUUUCCACUGAAUGACGGUCUCGAUGAAGACAAACAUAUGGAUUAA